UUUUAUAAAAAAUUUAAUAUGGCUCGUACAAAGCAGACAGCUCGUAAAUCCACUGGCGGAAAGGCUCCACGCAAGCAGCUGGCCACCAAGGCUGCCCGCAAAUCCGCCCCAUCUACUGGCGGCGUGAAGAAGCCUCAUCGCUACCGCCCAGGUACAGUGGCGCUGCGUGAGAUCCGUCGCUACCAGAAGAGCACAGAGCUGCUCAUUCGCAAGCUUCCAUUCCAGCGCUUGGUGCGUGAAAUAGCCCAGGAUUUCAAGACAGAUUUGCGUUUCCAGUCGGCUGCGAUUGGCGCUUUGCAGGAGGCUUCCGAAGCGUACUUGGUGGGCUUGUUCGAAGACACCAACUUGUGCGCCAUCCACGCCAAGCGAGUUACAAUCAUGCCAAAAGAUAUCCAGCUGGCCCGUCGAAUCCGUGGCGAGCGCGCCUAAAUGCGUCAUCCGCCAUUUUGGAUUAAUAAAUGCGGUGGUGGCGCAACCCUGGCGUCCACGGCCACCGAUGCCGCAUAAUAGUUAUUUAAUUUUGUCUAAUAAUAUGUAUGUCAAUACUUCUCUAUAAGUAAAGAUCGGAAGGAGUAAUAAAGAGAAAUUCACUUUUUUUUUUGAGAAAAACUGCUCCAAA